AGGGAUAUCAAAAUUGGAAUGGAAAUUGGAUAGUAAAAUCCUUUUCCUUGUUAAAAACAAAUUGGAAAGGUCCUUUUAUAUAAGGGGGCAAUCAGCAGUCCCAUAUCAAGCGAUAUGAUAUCCAUGGAAGGAGGAAAAGGUGCAGAAUAGCUGAAGAACAAAUUAGUAACAGUUUGAAUUCGGCGUGGUUGCCUGAAGAGCUUCUUCUUCACAUCUUCUCAUACUUUACAAGCAGGGAAUUGAUUUCAACAGUUUGUUUGGUUUCCAAGAGAUGGCAUCGCCUCGGAAAAUCUUCCCUAGCAAUUCUGGAUUAUAGCGUCGAACCAUUAUUCUCCUCUCGAAAGCACGUUCUCGCAAGUUUCUUAAAAUUCGUCGACCAGAUUGAAGUAGAAAGUCCAAGACUUUCUACUUCAAUUCCAGUUCGUGUCUUGAAACUUCAACUCAAUCGGAGACUCGAACGGGAAAUCACUCAGCUGAUGAAAUCGUUGGCAAAAUUCAACUUCACUGAGUUGUUCCUUCACUCUGUAAGCAUUAAAACUAUGCCUUCCGUACUUAACAACUCCAAUUUCCUUUCCGUCCUGCAUUUAACUGAUUGCCAAUUCCCUAACCGACGUUUUUCUGCAGUUCCCACCUUGUUUUCUUUGCAACAACUACUUCUCUAUGACGUUGUUAUUGAACAUUCCCAGGAUUUCUUCCUUAACCUUUCCCAAAAGUGUCCUUGUAUUGUGGAAUUGACUCUCACAAACUGUUCUGGAUGCCGCUGAAUGACACUCUCCGUGUGGUGAGCGACCAGCUUGAAAUCUUAAUUGUAUGGAAUAAGUAUGACUUAUUUAUACCAGUUGAUUUCGUUACUCCAAAUUUACGUACAUUUACAUAUAUUGGUGGAGAAAUUAUUACGGACUUUGCUCCCAUAGAUGCUUCCAAGAUUAGAGAAACUCGGAUUGAAUUAUCCUCUUCGAAAACAAGCAACGUGGAUUGGUUUGUGAAGCUGAGAUCUUAUAUCGCAAAGUUUAGCAAAGAUACUGUUCUAUGCUUGUCCAUCUAUGAAAUGGCAUGGUUUCAUCUACAUAAUACUGACGAUCUUGGGAUUCAUCUACCAUGCCCUAUCAAGAAGCUGAAGUUACACAUAUGUCAGUCAUUGCCACAAAACCACUGCAAAUCACUUCUGGAUUGUUUGCUGUGGACUUCCCAUCCGGAGAUUCUUGAGUUCGACUCAAACAUCAACUUCGAAUUGGUCUUGCGUAAGGAAUUGGAUUAUAUGGUAACAGAACAACAUUGUUGUAAGGCUACUCUUGUUCACCGAUGCUGGCGCCUUUUCUUAACAGAUUUCAAGAUUGUCAGAUCCAAUUCCACCAAGAGAAAUGAACCAAAGUACUUCACUAUUCUAUUCACAUGGUAAGCCAUGUCACAUAUAGGUAGUUUAUUGUUAUUAUUAUCAUUGUUAUUUUGAGUUGGAGGAGGAAAGACGAGUUAAAUGGUUUUAUGAGGAUGAGUUACUGCAACAAUUCCUUUUCUCUUUUUUUAUUUUUUAUUUUUGCAAUUGGAUUAUGCUUACUCCUUUUUAAUUGGUGGGCCAAAUUGUACUUUAACACUUACAUUUGUGUUCAUCUGAAAGUUACAUAAUGUUCUUCAGUCC